CUCAACAUGCUGAUUUAGUGAAGUUGUUAAAAAGGUGACUCUUAGAAGGACCAAGCCCUAACUUUAUAUAUAACUAAGAGACGGCGGCGACUUGAAGAAUGACGACAAUGUCAAAUCUUCCAGAGGAAUUGGUAAGGGAGAUACUCUCUAGAGUUCCAUUGACAUCUCUGAGACAAUUGCGAUGUACUUGUAGAACGUGGAACGCUUUAUCGAAAACUCAGGUUUUUGGUAAAAAAGAAGCAAGGAAUCGGUUUCUAGGGUUCACGGUGAUGAAUAAUAGGCUUUGUUCCUUGAGACUUGAACUCCAAGGACUCCUCAACGAAGGAGAAUUGGUUCAUCAAUCUACAAAGCAAAUAGGUAAAUUUGAUGGAACCAAGAUGUAUAAAGUUCGUCACUGUGAUGGCCUAUUGUUAUGCGUCCAUAAAAACUGCAACAACAUCGUGGUGUGGAACCCGUAUCUGAGUCAAACCAGAUGUAUUCCAACGAGAUGUGAUUUCGGAUUAAAUGACGUGUUUGGUUUCGGGUACGCCAACAAGAACCGUAACCACAAAAUCUUAAGGGUUUUGCGUGGCAGAUUUAUACGUUUGGCAUUGUAUGAUUUGAAGUCUGAUUCAUGGAGGGUUCUUGAUAUCGAACCAUACAUCAAUCUAGAUAUUUGGGAAAGUGGAGUGUCUUUGAAGGGAAACACCUAUUUUGUUGCUCAACAGUACGCAGUAGACGUUUUAUACUGUUUCGAUUUUACGACAGAGAGAUUUCGUCCGCCUCUGCAGUUUCCGAAGGAAGCAGAAUACGUGGUUCUAUCUUGUGUUAGAGAUGAGAAGCUUGCUGUGUUAUAUCAACUUGAGAAGACAAUGGAGAUUUGGAUCACAACUAAGAUUGAGCACGAUGAUGUAUCUUGGAGCAUGUUUUUGAAAGUGGAGACAACACCGCUCAAUGGUUUUCCUGAUGACUUUAGUAAUGACACUGACGCUGAGACCUUCUUCAUUGACGAGGAGAAGAAAGUCGCUGUGGUUUCUGAUGUAUGGGAAGAUGAACCAACCAAGGACGAGACAUGUUACUCUCAAACGGCUCACAUCAUUGGACAAGAUGGAUAUCUAAAAUCUACAACAUGUCCAAAGUAUAGAGUUGAAGAAGCACUUGUGUUCUCUUCUUAUGUUCCAAGUUUAGUUCAAGUAGGAAUCAACCAACGGAGCAAGAGGAAACACAAAGAUUGCUUGUAACAAAAGAAAAGAAAAGAAAGAAAAUGAGAGCUUCUUCAUUGACGAGGAGAAGAAAGGCCAUGUGGUUUAUUAUAUUGUUUUCGAAGACAAACCUAUCAAGGGCUAGUCUUGUUGCUAUCAAACCGCUCACGUCAAUGGAGAAGAAGAUGGUCACCUGAAAUAUGUGAGUAUCGUAGAAUCCCUAGGGCGUGUACUUGAUGAACCACUUGUGUUCUCUACCAACGGCGAAACAGAAAACACAAAGAUUGCUUUUUUUCACACAGGAUGCCACCAGUCUCACUAUUUUAUACAUAAUCUUUCUAUUUCCAAUUUUU